AUGCCAGGCGACUUGGGGUGGUCAAUAUGGCUCGUCCUUGUCGCCGCCAAUAAUCGAUGUGAACGCGGUGUACUUCGUGUAGCUGUAGGCAGCUUAGAUCUACCAAGUGCCCCAUCCUUCUUGACCUCCCCAGAAGAAUUGCCGGGGGAUGCAAAUCCGAGUCCCUGCAUCAAGGUCUCUGAAGGGAGACUGGCAAAACUAGGAUACCGAUGUCUAUCACUUCCCAACCUUACAUCCCAACUCGCCUUUUUCCAAUCCGGAACCAAUUCCUCAGAAUCGUCUCUUCGUUUGCCUUUCCAGAACAGGUCCUUCACGAAACGUGUCCACUGGUCGAAGAAGACUGCCAAGAGGAGGAUGGCUGCGACGCUGCUGAAGGCAAUGACCGCUACGCCUAUGAUCUUCCAUUCUUUGGACGUUCCAAACGAGGAAGUUGAGGAGGGAGACGGGGGCGUGCUGCUCUGA